AUGGAUUCGCGCAACAGCGGGAGUCCGCAGUCGUCCAGCGGCGGCGAUGAGGAGUACGACUCACGCGCCGCCGGAGGCUCCAUCUCUGCCUUCAUGAGCGGCGGCGGAGGACCCAUCUCCAACCCGCCGCCGCCGCCGCUUUUCGACCCGCUCACCAACUAUCUCCACCUCCACCAGAACUCAAACCCAUCACCUCCCCUCAAUCCGAACCCAGAUUGGACCCAGAUCGCCUCCAUUAAACCUGACCCGACCAAUCCCCCCACCUCCCGCGGCGGCGCCAACCUGCUCUCCGGCUCCUCCACCAUCACACCGCCGCCGCCGGGCCCGAACCAACCCGCGGCCCGAAACCCGAAGAAGCGGAUGCGGGCCUCCAGGAGGGCCCCCACCACCGUCCUCACGACCGACACCACCAACUUCCGGGCCAUGGUCCAAGAGUUCACCGGAGUCCCGGCGCUGCCGUUCGGCGGCGGCCCCUGUCCCGGCCCGUCCUUCCCCCGAGCCCGGACCGACCUCUUCGGCCCGCCGAGAUCCGCCGCCUUCUUCGCCCAGAAGAGCCACCCGCCGCCCCUCCCCUUCCUCGCCGCCGCCACCACCUCCGUCGUCACCUCGAGCACCGCCGCCGGAGCUUCCACCUCGGAUCCCGCCGUCUUCCAAAACCCAUUUCUCGCCAAUCUCCUCCAACCGAACCCCAAAUUCCCGUUCCCCGACCACCCGCCGGCGCAGUUCACUUUGGCCGGCCGGCAAGGGCACGGUUUCUUGUCUUCCGAUGACCGGAAUAACUCGGAAAAGGACAAGGAAGAAGGUGAGAAGCAUGGUCUUAACCUGAGGCCCCUGAACGGCGGAUUUGAUUUCCUGGAUGGCGGCGGAGGGAAGCGGCCGGAGAAUAACAGUGCCGCCGGAGAAGGUAUGGUGGAAUCAUGGAUUAAUUGUACUUCGGAGUAG